UUUGCUUUCACACACAGCCCACUACGUAAAGAGAAAUUCCAGCAGUGUUCAAAUAUGAUCAGCCCAUCCGAAGCCCAACCUUGGCUUUGUAUUAGUUGCUGCCUUGGCCUUCAGGUGGACAGUUCCAGUUAGCCCUGCUGGGGAAGAUGACUGACGGUGAGUUCAUGUAUAUCCACUCACUGGUUGAGGACUAUCUUCAGUAUGUACUGCAGGUUCCUGCUUUUGAAUCGGCUCCAAGCAAAACAUCCAGGGUGCUACAAAGAGUUGCUUUCUCAGUUCAGAAAAAAGUCGAAAAGAAUCUGAAACUAUACUUGGAUGAUUUUGAUGUGGAAUCCAUAGAUACUGCCAGAACAAUAUUCAAUCAAGUAAUGGAAAAAGAAUUUGAAGACGGCAUCAUCAACUGGGGAAGGAUUGUGACUAUAUUUGCUUUUGGUGGUGUUCUCCUUAAAAAACUUCCACAAGAGCAGAUUGACUUGGAUGUGGACACUUACAAGCAAGUUUCCAGUUUUGUGGCUGAAUUCAUAAUGAAUAACACAGGAGAAUGGAUACGUCAGAAUGGAGGCUGGGAAGAUGGCUUCAUGAAGAAAUUUGAACCUAAAUCUGGCUGGCUGACGUUUCUGGAAAUGACAGGACAGAUCUGGAAAAUGUUCUUUCUUCUCAAGCGACACUAUUGACCAGAGAGAACUCUGGCUCCUGUGACAGUGGUGACAGCACUUAGUGCUUCCAUGUGCACACGACUCAGAUGAGACUUGACUUUCCGGAGUUCACUUUAUGGAAUAAA